UCAUUACUUCUUCUUUUGGCUACUAUAUGCACGGUGAAGCGCGCUGACCGGUCCCAGAGAAUACACUUUCGGAAUGCCGAUGACCUAAAAAGCUUUGCAGAUUCUUGGCAUUCUAGCUGUCAGUUUGUCCAGAUACUCAGGUGACAUUUCACCCCACGCUUCCUGUAGCACUUCCCAUAGAUGUGGCUGUCUUGUUGGGCACUUCUCACACACCUUACAGUCUAGCUGAUCCUACAAAAGCUCAAUUGCCUAAAGUGAGGGUUUAUACCACCAUUGAGUCCCAUGAAAAGUGUCACCCCUGUUGAUUCUCAAUGGAAGACUUUCUGCCUUCAGGAUUACUGGAAGCUUGUGUUGUUGUUGGACCUUCAAAUGACAAACUCAAGGAGGUGUACCAGUCUCUGCCACAGGUGAAUGGAGCUCCUCUACCUAUGCUUGACCCUGUGGUCCUAGAGGUUAAUGCGCCUCCUUUUGUGACCAAAGGAAACAUCAGUGAACCAGGCGUGGGAAGCCUCAAACGGACUCAGCGACGAUGCUCCUUCAUUAAGAAGAAGAAAGACAGGCCCUUGAUUGACACUGGAAAAACCAAGGAGGAACCCCAAGAGGAUGUCAGCAUUCCCAAAGAUCUCGAUCUGGUGGCCCUGCCACAACUUUGCUUUCCAGGGGGGCUUCAGGUAACUCAGGAGCAGAGGGAAGAACAAUUCCACUUUCUGGUGUUCACUGACGUCUUUGGAAACCAGUCACAUGGAGUAGUUCUCCAGUACUAUAGACCUAUACAGGAAGGAAUGCUGUAUCAGAAUGGACACCGGUCCUCCAAGAAGUCUCCACCACUCUAUGCAGCCUAUGGGAUAUGUGUUAUAUCAAAAUAUCCAUAUUAUAAUGCUCUCAAGGACAGCCUGUCCAGUCUCUUAGGUCAGCUCAAAAUAUGCCAAAGGACUGAUAUGGAAGAGCAAGUGAAAGAAUUCUCAGCCAAACUGGCUCUGGUCCCAAUUCCUCCUCCUGGUCAGCUGCAUGUGAUGUUCACCUUGCAUCCUCUCACAGUUGUACUUCCAUCCAGAGAAGAUAAAAAUCAUCCUGUCAUUGACCUGGACCUGCAUCUUCCAUUCCUCUGCUUCAAGUCCAGAGAGCUGCUGCAGAUAAUUACCAGUAUACUCACAGAACAGCGUCUGGUGUUCUUCUCUUCUGACUGGGCCAAACUGACCCUGAUCGCAGAGUGCUUCAUGCUGUAUAUUCGACCACUGCGCUGGCAGCACCCGCUUGUGCCUAUACUCUCCCGACAGAUGCUUGACUUUGUCAUGGCACCGACCGCCUUCCUUAUGGGAUGCCAUCUCAACUACUAUGAGGAAGUUGCCAUAGAAACAGAUGGCCUGAUUCUGAUCAAUAUUGAUGAGGGAACAGUGAGCUCCUCUGGCUGUCAUGAUGUUGACAUUCCAGAAGUCCCGCAGGCAGCUGCUCAGUGUUUUAAGAGACGAAGAAAGGGUCUUCAGCUACACUAUGACCUGGAAAUGGUUCAUCAGGGCAUGCGUACAGAUAUGAAUGAGCUGCGUAUGCAGAGAAGACACUGGCAACACAGACUUAAUAGGGAUAUACAGAACAUCACCCUGGAGCUAAUUGUUAACAUGUUUAGAGAUGUCAAUGAUCACCUCAAUUAUAAGCACAGAGUCUUUAACACUAAUGAGUUUCUAAGGACCAGGGAACCAGGGAACCAACCAUUUUAUAAAACGGUUUUGGAAACACACAUUUUUCACUCCUUCUUGAAAGACCGUUUGAAUGGAAAAAUGGAUUCAUUUACCCGAAUGGAGCUAAGUACUCGGACACAAGUCCAAAAAUGGAGGGCAUUCGUAGAUUCCUCUCGCAGACCCACCGUAAAGCAGAUGGCUUUGAAAAACGGCUGCUCAGAGAACAGUCCGAGUAAAGGUUUGGGCAUGAGUCAUCCUAACCUGGGUGACGAGAGCCACCUGAGUGUCCCUACACUGACGUCUCCAACUAAGAUUAUUCCUGAAACAUCUCUAAAUAUACCAGACAGACCAGUCAAGAUCUUCAAACUGCCAAGUUUCCCUCCUCCCUUGAACUAUCCAUAUGUAUGCCAUUACUUUGGAGACCUUGUCCUCCAGUUGAACAAAGCCAUAUCAGCCAUCCCACCUGAUGACUCCUUGCUGCUAGCCAGAUACUUCUACGUCCGCGGCCUCAUCAACAUGCAGCGUUCCAAGCGUUUAGAGGCCCUCAGUGACUUUCAGAACCUCUACAAAACAGAUAUUGAGAUUUUUCCUGGAGAGGUGGUAAAGACGUUGGUGGACUCACUGCAGACAGAGGAGAAAGCCCAGGCAGAGAAGAGAUCUGAGCUCAAAUGGCUUAUCGGUCAGGUGAAGAACAACGAUAAGAGUGAGCAUGUGGAAUCAGAUGAUCACGUGAAGAAAUUUGAGCUGCCCAAGACUGCCAUGUCGCUGGAGGAGUUUGUGAAGUGCACUCAGGAAGCUGACAUUGUGCGCGAUGUGGCCACCACCCAGAGAUUGUUUGAGGCUUUGACUGCUGGGGUUUUCAAACUGGGUCCACGAAGCCCUAGCUGGCUGCAAGGUGAACAAAAGCAAAUUGAUCCAGAGAUGUUCAGAGUAUUUUACACUUUCUGGAAGGAGACAGAGGCAGAAGCACAGGAUGUUCACCUACCUGUUGAGGUGGUGGAACUUCUGGACAGCAGUGAGUGUGUGUACAAGCUGUCCAGUUCUGUGAAGACUAGUUAUGGUGUGGGUAAAAUUGCCAUGACCCAGAAGAGACUCUUCCUGCUGACCACAGGCAGGCCGAGAUAUGUUGAGAUCACCAAGUUUGGAGACAUUGAGGAAGUGAAGAUCUCUGCAGCUCCAUUCCUCCUGUUGAGAAUCCCCUCUCUGAAGAUCAAGAACAAACUGAAGAAAGAGAUUUUCGAGGCUAAUUUAAAAUCAGAGUGUGAACUGUGGAACCUGAUGGUCAUGGAAAUGUGGGCAGGGAAAAUCAUGGCAGACAACCAUAAGGACCCUCAGUAUGUGCAACAAGCACUGACCAAUGUCCUGCUUAUGGAUGCAGUGGUGGGCUGUUUACAGACACAAAAAGCUGUCCUCGCUGCCUCCAAACUGGCCUAUUAUGACAAGCUAAGACAUGAAGUGCCUAUGAUCAUUCCAAAACCCACAGCAGAGACUCUCAAACACAAGAUUAAUCCAUUUCAGAACAUGUCAACCUCUCAGUCUGUUGAUGUGCUGCUUUACACCCCAGGCCAGUUAACUGUCUCUGCCUCUGAUCUGGAUGGGAACCCUAAGCUCUGGUGUGCUCUCAGCUGUGGAAAAGUGGUUGUGUUUGAUGCUGUUAGUUGGUCCCUGCUGCAAAACUGCAUUCAUUUAGGAGAUUGUCGACUGAACUGCAUGAUGGGAUUGGACCUGGAGCAGGUAUGGGUUGGUUCUCAGGACUCUGUCAUUUACAUAAUAAACACUCGCAGUAUGCUGUGUCAUAAACAGCUGACUGAGCACCGUGGAGAGGUCACAGACAUUACCUUGGAGAAACUGAGCCACAGAUUCAGUGCAGAUGGCACUGUGAUCGUUUGGGAUGUCCCCUCUCUGAAGGUGAAGAGACAGUUUCAUCUGACCUGUGACAGACUGCAGUCCAUUCAAGUUUUCAGUCACACCUUAUGGUGUGGUGCCAGAGACUGUGUGAUGGAGCUAAAACAGAAUGGAGAUGUGCUUCGGAAGAUUUCCCUCCUGGAUGAUGUCAAAAGCACGGCUACUGCUUUUAACAGGGUCACACUGCUCAUGGAGACAAAACAGAUCUGGACAAGCUUCACAGACUCAGCAGAGCUGUGCAUUUGGGACUGCACUGACCCAACCAAUCCACCCAACCGAGUCACACUCCCAAACUGCAGUGGGGUCACCUGUAUGAUCAGGGUGAAGGAUCAGGUCUGGAUUGGUUGUAUUAGUGGUGGGUCAGGCCGCAGUAAGGUUGUGGGGAAGAUCUUUAUCUUGGACUCUGAGACUCUGGUGGUUGAGAAGGAGCUUGAGGCCCAUGAAGACUGUGUCCAAACGCUCUACUCAGCAGAGGAUCGAUAUGUGCUCAGCGGCUCUGCAAGCCUUGACGGCAAAAUCGCCAUCUGGAGAGUAGAUUAAGCAGGCUGAAAUUGGACACAUUUAACUUAAAGUCAAGUUUAUUAAGUUCCAGCUUUACAGAUCGAGGUGCAUUAGAAUUUGUAACAUGCAACAUGUAACUGUACUGUCUCUAAUGAUUACAUGUUUCUCCAAAUGUAAAGACACUGAAAGGGAGAAUUGUUGUUUUUCAGUCAUCUGUAAAAAAAAAAAAAAAAAAAAAAAAAGCAAA